AUGACGUCAGCACCCGGCGAACGCGAAUCGGGCAGAAACAGAGUUCCACUCGGCGAUUCUUACAUAAGCGAUUACGACGAUUUAAUUAAUCAAAUUAAGAUCUGUAAAAGCUGGACAAAUUGUAAUAGAACAAAAUAUAUUUUGGUAAAUUAAAAUCACAAAAACUAUCACUAAAUGAAGCGUAAAGUAAGUUGAAAGUAGGAAAACAAAGUUCCGGCAUCGCGACGGCGAUGCGUCGGCGAUGCAUCGGAAUCCUGAGCGUUCGGGAGGAUCAUCGCGUAGUGUCCACGGCCUCGAAGCCUCUCCUUGGACAAAGACGACGUGGGCAAUCUCUAGAUCUUCUCGCGAAGUCUAGAGAUUAAUGAAAUAGGUCGUCGAGUCAUCUCCGGCGGCUGUCACCUGGCGGAGCGGAAAAAUGGCGACUUUGCAGCUCUCUGGCGACUGUCACCUGACGGAGAGGAGUUGAAUGGAGGUGGGGUGUGUGUCAGGGAGCUUCAUCCUCAGGUCUGCGCAACAAGAGGAGGCUCUUCAUCGCAUCUGGUACGCUCUCAGGAGGUGGCGACUCGUCUCCCGGCGGAUCAUCCGCUUCCCGACGAUGGCCUGUUUGUCGAUCAAUUGGAGAUGAUUUACUCGAUGGAUUCGCGAUCCUUUUAUCGCGAAUCAUUCAGCAAUUUUAGUAGCAAUGCUCUAUGAAUCGCGUUGAUGAGAUUUUCACCGAUGAUCCAGCGAUUCUCGUUGCUUAAUCCUUCACCGGCGAUCUACAGGAAAGUCGCGAUAAUUAGAUAAAAAUAUAUGAAUUUUGACUUUGGAAGGACUCGAACCUGCACCGGUCGCCCGCUUCUUCUGAGGAAGGUGUGACGCGGGUUUAGUCUCACAUCGGUUGUCUGCUAAUUUUUCAGGCAAAUAUAUAGUAAUGUUAGCUUUCUAAGUAAAGUUCCUUCUCCCGCGUGUACAACCACUCCUUGCCCCACAGCCGGCUGGUCAGCAGUGACGUGGAAGGGGAGUGGCGCACACGUGCCCCUAUCGGUCCAAGCCGCUCGAGCCCCUACUCGCGGCUACUCCCCGACUGAGCUUCCAACCCGCUUGUAGGCCCGGCUGGCCAGCAGGUCCCCCCAUUUGAAAUAUUUUAGUUUUAUUUCUUUUUCUUCAUUUAUCUCAAAAGUAAGACUAUAAAAAUCAUAUAAAUUCGUAUAAAAUCACAUAAUUACCUAACAAAUCACAUUAAUCAACUGAAAACAACUUUUCACACUUUAACACAAAUAUAAGUCUAUUUAUCACGAGUUAAGGCUAAAACUAUAUUAUUUACUAAUUAUUAACUCAUGAUAAUGAAGACUUAUCAGUAACAAUUACUAAAAUUUUUUCCCUCGAAUUUAUUGAUUUUUUUUAUGUAUGGUAGAAGAUCCUUGCAUCCAAGGCUAGAAAAUCCUUCCAUUAUUUCAUCCAAAACUAAAAAUCUGAAAGAAAAAAAAUAAUUUUGAUAGAUCUUGAAGAAAGUACAGGUCAAAUUGAGAACAAUCCUAUGGCCAUGAAAAAUUAUUAUAUCAUUGAUUCAUUUUAAAAAGCAUCCAAUAUUAAAGUCCCAUUAGCACCCACUAUUAAAUUCGAAAUAAAUCCAAGAAUUUUUCAAAUGCUCCCUAAUUUUCAUGGAUUGCCUUUAGAGGAACCUCAUCAGCACUUAGAAAAAUUUCAUAUGGUUUGUGAUUUAGUUAAUCUCCCUCAAGUUACACCGGAAAUUAUUAAGAUGAAAUUAUGUCCUUAUACACUUAGGGACAAAGCUAGCCAUUGGCUAUCCACAUUAGAUAGAGAAUUAACUAGUUUGAAAGAUAUAGAACAGGCCUUUCUUCAAAAAUUUUAUCCCUUAGGAAAAACCCAAAAUAUGAGAAAAUAUAUAUGGAAUUUUUCUCAAAGACCAGGAGAAACUUUGCAUGAGACAUGAGAAAAAUUCAAAGAUUUACUUAGAAUAUGUCCUCAUCAUGUUAUACUCAAGUGACAACUCAAUAGAAUUUUUUAUGAUGAAUUAUUAGAACAACAUAGAAAUAUGAUUGAUUCUAUAUGUGCAGGAGCUUUUAUGGAGAAAACCCCUGAUGAGAUUUACAGUCUUUAUGAAAAUUUAAGUGAAAAUUCUAGAGAUCAAGCCUCUUUUGAAUUAUAUGACAAGGAUAAGAAGAGAGGAAUUUAUGAAUUGCAUCAUGAUGAUUGAUAAGUCUUCAUUAUCAUGAGUUAAUAAUUAGUAAAUAAUAUAGUUUUAGCCUUAACUCGUGAUAAAUAGACUUAUAUUUGUGUUAAAGUGUGAAAAGUGGUUUUCAAUUGAUUAAUGUGAUUUUUUAGGUAAUUAUGUGAUUUUAUACGAAUUUAUAUGAUUUUUACAGUCUUACUUUUGAGUUAAAUGAAGAAAAAAAAAACUAAAAUAUUUCAAAAUGGGGGGACCCGCCGGCCAGCCAGGCCUGCAAGCGGGUCGGAAGCUCAGUCGGGGAGUAGCCACAAGCAGGGGCUUGAGCGGCUUGGACCGAUAGGGGCAUGACGUGACUUAGUCAUUGUAUUUUAAAUCACGCAAAUAUAAAAUUUAUAAAACUAGAAAAUACGAAUUUUCGGAUAUUUAGAAGUAUUUCUAAAUAAAUAUAUCAAUUAUAAUUCAAUAAAACUUCCAAAAAUAGCAGUAAUUUCCCAAGUCAAUCAAAGGGAUGUAAUAUAAUAUUUUGUAAUUAUUCAGAUUUUUUCUCAAUGAAUACAAUUUUCUAUGAAUUUUAUAGUAGGAAAUGAAAAGGAAAUAUAUUAAAAAUUCACGAAAAAAAAGGAAAUAAGGGUGCGGACGUCAGGAUGACGUCAGCGCCCGGCGAACGCAAAUCGGGUGGAAACAGAGUUCUGCCUGGCGAUUCUUACGUAAAUGAUUACAUACGAUUUAAUUAAUCAAAUUAAGAUCUAUAAAAGUCGAAAGAAUCAUAAUUGAACGAAGUAUAGUUUGGUAAAUUAAAAUCACACAAAGUAUCACUAAAUGAAGCGUAAAUUAAAUUGAAAGCAGGAAAACAGAGUUCUGGUGUCGCGACGGCGAUGCGUCGGCGAUGCAUCGGAAUCCUGAGCGUUCGGGAGGAUCAUCGCGUAGUGUCCACGGCCUCGAAGCCUCUCCUUGGACAAAGACGACGUGGGCAAUCUCUAGAUCUUCUCGCGAAGUCUAGAGAUUAAUGAAAUGGGUUGUCGAGUCGUCUCCGGCGGCUGUCACCCGGCGGAGCGGAAAAACAACGACUUUGCGGCUCUCCGGCGACUAUCACCUGACGGAGAGGAGCUGGAUGGAGGUGGGGUGCGUGUCAGGGAGCUUCAUCCUCAGGUCCGCGCAGCAAGAGGAGGCUCUUCAUCACAUCCGGUACGCUCUCAGGAGGUGGUGACUCGUCUCCCGGCGGAUCGUCCUCUUCACGACGACGGUUUGUUUGUCGAUCAAUCGGAGAUGAUUUACUCGAUAGAUUCGCGAUCCUUUUAUCGCGAAUUGUUCAGCAAUUUUAGUAGUAAUGCUCCGCGAAUCGCGUUGACGAGAUUUUCGCCGAUGAUCCAGCGAUUCUCGUUGCUUAAUCCUUCAGCGGCGAUCUGCAGAAAAGUCGCGAUAAUCAGAUAAAAAUAUAUGAAUUUUGACUCUGGGAGAAUUCGAACCCGCGCCGGUUGUCCGCCCCGUCUGAGGAAGUUAUGACGCGGGUUUAGUCUUACAUCGGUUGUGCGCCGAUUUUUCAGGCGAAUAUAUAGUAAUGUUAGCUUUCUAAGCAAAGUUCCUUCUCUCGCGUGUAUGACCACUCCUUGCCCCACAGCCGGCUGGCCAUCGGUGACGUGGAAGGGGAGUGGCGCACACGUGCCCCUAUCGGUCCAAGCCGCUCGAGCCCCUGCUCGCGGCUACUCGCCGACUGA